GCCCCGCAGGUUUGGUUGUCACCGCUCGUCCUGGCGAAGAGCAGCGGCGCCGGUGUCCCGAACCUGCACUUGAAUCAAGAGCCAUGUGGUCAGCCGAUGAAAUCGCUGGGCUAUGUUACCUGCAUUAUAGGACCAGACUUCCUAAGCAGGGGAAACCAGAUCCAAACAGGGAAUGGACUUCCCUGGCAGCUGUUGUCAAAGUGGAAUCUGCAGCCCAAAGAGAGGCUCUUGAUAGUCCAGGAAACUUGGAGGUAACUAAGGAAGUUGUUGCUAUGGGAACUGGAACAAAAUGUAUUGGCCAAAAGAAAAUGCGAAAAACUGGAGAUAUUCUGAAUGACAGCCAUGCUGAAAUUUUGGCCAAGAGGAGCUUCCAGAGGUAUCUUCUCCAUCAGUUGUGGCUUGCAGCUUCCCAUCAGCAAUGUAUCUUUAGUCCGGGAACUGAAACUGGGAAAUGGAAACUCAAACCAAAUAUCAUAUUUAUUUUCUUCUCCAGUCAUACCCCAUGUGGAGAUGCUUCUAUUUUUCCAAUCAGUGAACCACAGAACCAGUUUUCUAAGCCAGUGACUGGAGGUCAUGCUGUUGGACAAUCAGCAGAAUGCAGAAGUAACCGUAAUCACUUGUAUCCAGAAGAUAAAAGGAAAUCAGAGAAGAUGGCAAGUAAUCAUACAAUCAAGAGAAUGAAAAGUGAUGAUGCUGAUUGUUUUUCCAUAAUCACUGAAGACCUGGCUGUUCAUGAAUCUGUGAAACAAAAAGACGCAAAUCAAAAGAGCUGUAAAUGUUGUGCAGAGAUGCAAACAACUGAUGAGACUGGCUUAGUGAGACCAAAGGUAGUAGAUGUUCAUAGAACUGGAGCAAAAUGUGUACCUGGAGAGUUGGAUGAUGCCCGAAUACCUGGACUGGGGUACCACUGUGUGGGAUUAUUACGAGUGAAGCCAGGUCGAGGAGACCGAACGUGCUCUAUGUCCUGCAGUGAUAAACUGGCUCGCUGGAACGUGUUAGGGUGUCAAGGAGCUCUUCUGAUGCAUUUUCUGCAGUAUCCAGUGUAUCUGUCUGCAGUUGUAGUGGGGAAGUGUCCGUAUAGCCAAGAAGCUAUGCGGAGAGCAGUUAUUGAAAGGUGUCAGCACAUCUCAUCUUUACCAGAUGGUUUUCUCACUCAGGAGGUUAAGCUGCUGCAAUCAGAUCUUCAAUUUGAACACAGCCAUCAGGCAAUUCAGGAAGUUCAAAGUAACAGCAAAACAAAGCUUGUUCCUUGCAGUGCAGCUAUCAGUUGGAGUGCAGUCCCUGAACAACCUCUGGAUGUCACCUCAGACGGCUUCCGCCAGGGAACAACAAAGAAGGGGAUUGGGAGCCAUCAGAGCAGAUCCAAAAUCUGUAAAGUGGAACUCUUCCAUAAAUUCCAAAAGUUGGUGAUAAGUAUUUCACAAGAAGAUCUACCAGACACUCUACGGAUGAAGACUCUAAAAACCUACUGGGACUACAAGGAAGCUGCAUUAAGUUAUCAAGAAGCCUGGAGAGUGCUGCGUAGCCAAGCUCUGCUGGGUUGGGUCAAGAAUGCCAAGGAAUACCUUCACUUCACAUGAGAAUCCAUGCAACUGUGUGAAUCCAGGAAUAAGCUCUGGUCUACAGCAGAUACCUCUGCAGUUCAAGGGCCAGAAAAAUACGCGCUCUAGUUUAUGUGCUGUAAAGAGACAGGAGUGAAAAGGAAAGCAAUUUAGAGAAUACUUUAUUUUUACUGAGUUGAAUCCCCCUUUUUAUUGAAAUACAGAAAAGGAUCAUUGCUGACUUAAAAUUCUGAGCUGCAUGAAACAAUAUCCCUGCAAAAGGAAAGAAGCAGUGAUGUGCUAUCCUAGUAUCUGAAGAUAUGAUCUACCAGCCAUAGUCCCUGCAGUGAAAGUAAUGUCAUCUGAAAUCGAAGCAGUACCAUGGAAAAGUUUAGUGCUGCUUUUCUCUUCCACUUCUCAUAAUGUUGUGGUUGUUUUUCUGUUGCUGAAACAACCCUAAUGUAUAGUAAGUAAUACUUUCAUAACUCUGAGCUCUUUUUGUCUGGUGACUGGAAGAAUUUUCUGUGUCCCCCAGCCCCAUUGCUUUAGCUAGAAAAACUAGUUCUGUUAAAGUGUCUUUUUUUUCUGUGAAUCUUUCAUAUAUGCUGCUAUUUAUUAAACAUAGCCAUAGAUAUCACCACAGCAGAAGCAAAACCACUGGGGAGGAGUCUGUGUCAAAUAAUACCACUUACGCUAUCUUGUGCAUCUCUAUUUCAGGACUUUGCCAGAUAACCUUUCAUCUGCUUCUGUAGGAAGGAAAGAAAGCUCCUGAAUGACUUGGUUCAAAUUAGCCAGUCCUAUGUAAUUACAGGCAUACAUUUACCUAUUUUUAAGUGUUUCAAGCACUGUCCAUCUCCGUGCCCCCCCUGUGGGAAAUGGUCAAUUAAAAGCAGAAUUGCCUCAGCCAUU